UUUGAAAAGUUAAAUGCAAACACAACAAACCUUUUAAACUUUAAAGGUUAUUUAAAAACCCACCAAUUUCUGCCCGUUAAGUAGCUUUUCCCAUUUAUCAGCGAGUCUUAAUCGUUAUUUUCGUGCUUUCUAAACAUAGGCCCUCUACUGGAAAUAUUCCCGCUGGCGCCUCCACCGAUUCAAACUUGUUUGUUCGAUAACGACAAGUUUUGACUCAAUUUACAAAAAAAGCCGCAUUUCGAGCUGGGAAUUCGAUCGAUUCAGCGCACAUUCAAAUGAGUUCAGACGACAACGACAAGUCCACCGAGCAGGUCUUGGAUUACUAUAAGAAAUACUCCCAAAACCGAAACCUCCCCAAAUAUUUCUCUGGCUCCUCAAUUGCUUACCUGCCGCCUAUAGUGGCCUACGACGAAGACCCUGCUACCACGUUUCUGCCCACUAUCCAUCCUAACAGUGCAGUGAUAAUUUCCGAAGUGAAAGUGACUGUACACGAGGAAGAAAUCAUUGACCAGGAAGCUUCAAGCAGCAGCUCCUCAAGCCAUUCAAGAAAACUGGAAUGGGACAAUGGCGCUGAUAUUGGCUACAGCUCCGUAAUGAAAAGCCGCCUAAAGCUGCAAAAGAGCUCCUCGCUACCCAUUUUAGACAAAACGGAACCCAAUACCAAAGUGCCUUCGACUAUAAUCACUCACUCGACUAUAAUCACUCACUCGACUAGCGACGAGAAAAUCGGCCUAUUGCUCUUCAGUUCAAGCUCUUCCAAGGAGGAGUCAUCAAAAAACAGCGCCAGACAAAGCAGCAGAACUGACUCCGAGCCAACAUCCAGAAAAACCUUCCAUGCCACCAGCACAGAAACCCCAUCAUCUUCUAGUAAAGCGAGUAAAUGCAGUGAGGCAGAUUCCGAUGUGGCAAAGUUUGGGGAGUUCCAGAAGACCCUUGACUUUUUGAAGCAGAAAAUCGGCCUGCCUGGGGCCCAUUCCACUCCCUAUCUAGAGGCGAUGAGUGCGGAGCGUAGAAAAACCGUAACAGAGCAAAUGGUUGCUGAGUCUUCAGCUACACCGGUGUCCCAAAGAAAUGCUGCCCAUGAAAAAGCUGGUGAGGGUUUGCAGAUGGAGAAUCAGACAUCCAGCCCCAAAAGACCCCAGCAGUUAAAUCCCCCAGUUGUUCUCCGAAGAAAACAGCCAAAAGAUCGAAUACAUCGCAAUGUUAAAGCAAAAAUCGUCGAACUGAGCAUAUCGACUCCAAUCAACGUAAAUUGCAAAACAUCGGACGUUAAAACCGUCCUACCGAAAGCUGUGCAAACUGAACACAUCACUCAGCAGCAUAUAGAAACGCAAUUUAACUGUGAGAAUGAUCAAGAGCCUCCUCUACCAAUAGACCAACCUGAAGCCGUUUCUGAGGAGUUGUCUGGAUCAGCGUCCAGCUUUGAGUAUAUAAAUCUGAACAAAAAUUCCACGCAAAAAAAAUCGAGCAUAGAAAACACCCAAACCAGAAUCGAAAGAAGAACUUCAAGUGUCUCUGGCGUUUUAAAGCAAAUAUCUUUGUCGAAAACCUCUACAGAAUCCAGCAGCUUAUCGAAGACCAGUUCCGAGGAUAUCGAUUUACAUUUGCGAAUACUUCAGAAGCUUCUGAGAUCGAAAAAACUCCAGUCGAGCACCAAGAGGAAAUAUAUCCACAAGCUCCUAAAUGAAUUUAAUCAGCUGGAAACAUCCAACGAAUCCAACUCUAGUUCAGAUUUGUUUAUUCCCAAGAAAAACCUCGAGAGGAGUCGAGUAGCUUUCAAAGAAGGAGGAGAUACAGGGUGUUCAAAUAAUCUUGGAGAAACCGAUCGGCUGGAGCAAGACAAAAAUCUAGCAGUAGCAGAAAAACGCAUGCCUAGUGAAGAAAUGAGUGCCCAACCAUCUGCUCGAUCGCUCUUGGCGUACAGAACAGGCCAAGUUGAAGGUGAUAAUUGCGACUGCAAGCCUCCGUAUGUCUCAACCGAUUUAACACAGCCAAAGAGUCAUCCCUUAAAGGACAUUUAUGGCAAUCCUUAUAAACCAAAAAUCUACAACUUUGGCAGCAUCCAGUUUAAAACUCCUGAACUUAACCCGGACGAUUUUCCACCAUCUUCAUGUUCGUGCCACAAAGAGAACGUUGAGGAGAAGAGAAGAAUAUUGCCCGAUAAAUCGUCUGAAAGUACUAGCAGUUCCACUGCCAGGUCUACUGUUAGUUUCUCCAAGAAAUCCUCCGAAGAUUAUUUACUGAAAUUUGCAGAAAAUGAACGUAGCUACCAGCUGCACUGGAUUAACAACGAAAUCUCUCACCUGUCCAAGUUGAAGAAUAUCCUGGAGUUAAAAAGCGUUAAACCAGCGCAUUCGAAGGUCAGCACUUACCAUGUGGCCCAAAGAGUUUCCGGCAAAUCUUCCUCCAGGGACUACGUAAUACAAACCAGGGAGGAUUUUCCUCUGGAUCAGAAUAUCAAUUACAUGCUGGAAGGCAAGGAGUAUGUCGUGUCAGACCCCCAAAAGAGCUCAAACCAUGGAGCUAAUUGCGUUCUAGCUGAUAUCAUCGUGAAUUCCAAUGAAAACGGAACUAAUAUCAAAGUGCGGACGCUUUGCUCCAUCUGCAAGCAAGUUGUAUGCAGUUGUCCACCGAAAACUGAAACUCUCCAAUCCAAGCGUUCCUCGGCCUUAAGUGCUUGUGAUGGUUCCAGAUGUUCCGCUUGCCAGAAAGCUGUUUGCGUUUGCAAACCAAAUAGUAUAACAUCAAAAGCUUCGAAGGAAGACCCGUCUUCAAGUGAGAAAGAAAUCAAAGAACCGAUUGAUCUUCAAUAUUCCGAUGUAGUUAGGUUUCAUUGUGUUCCAGAGUUGGUUACAGCAGCAGACUUCAAUUCGCUUCAAAAAGUGUUCGAAAAAUGCUGUUGCACGUUCCGAAGCCCGAACUGUGGCUGCGACUUCGUCAAGAAGUUGCUGGACAAAUUCCAAGUAAAAGACCCAAACCUGGAGAAAACUAGCCAAGUAUCGCAACCUGAGAGUUUGGGGAGAAAUCCAGCUGCGUCCCAAACUGAAAGGCAUUCCCAGGAAUCAAAGGCGCAAACUUCUCCAGCUCCGAAAGAAGACUCCGAAGCCCAAGCAGGAUCCAAUUCGCGCAAAAAUCUGCUCUGUAGAUGCACGCAAACUGAUCAAGCAGAUCCUGUUGAAUCAACCCAAACUGGACAGCGGCAGGAGGUAAAAGAACAAUGCCUGUCCACUGGAAGCAUCAAGCUACUGAAAGAUCGCACUGUUCAGAGCUGCCUAUGCGAAGCAACAGCUUCAACCCAAACAGUUUCCAGACAAAAUGUGAGGGACAAAUUUUCCUCAACAUCCGAUAUGGCCGGCUUAACUGAUGCAGAGAGCCAAGCUUUGCGAUCUGAAGAUCAUGCCAAAACCCAAACGAACAAAAAGCUUCUGAGGAACAAUGCGGUUCAAGUGUCGGAUGAUAUUGACCAAGCCUCAACCCAGAUGGAUAGGGAAGCGGCCUCUCAAGCGGUUCAAACUGAGAUUGUUUUUGGCUCUGUUUCAAACCAAGAGCAGAAGAGUUCCGGUAGUCCAGAGCUACAAGAAUUGGCGACGGAACCCAAAGUGGUCAGCAACUCCAUGGAUGUAGCCAUUCAGUUUCCAAGUCUUUCCCAAGUUAACCCCAAUACAGGGCUAAGUGUUAACUCACAAAGUAGUACCACUGUUCACGAUGGAACCUCGUCAACCUCAACCUCCAGUGGAUCUUCGCGCAUUAUUUGCUUCUGCUGCAAGCAGAAGGCGUUCCUGGCCGAAGUGAGCUACUUACAAGAAGGAAACGACGCCCUGGCAGUCUGCAGUAGAUGCUACUACAACCGCCCAAGAUACUGCGCGCAUAAUCCGAGAUUCAUGUGCCGUUGCUGGUCGCAUUAUCAGGCCAGGCAACAAUUAAAUACCGGAAGAUAUUGCACCUGUUGCCGCAUGGAAGUUUCCAAAUGCCCUCGAAAAGGAGUAAUGUACACGGUGACCUUAGAAGGCGACAGCGCCGAAAGGCGACAAUUCGCCAAGGGCGAUGUUAAAGACUUGAAAAUCCAGGACGGAUGGACGAGGAAGAGUCUAAAAAAUAAGGAAAACUACUGCAAAAAAGAGGACGAUUUGAAACAUUCGAGGCGCGAACGACGCAAGAAGGUACGAAGGCCUGAUGGCGACAAAAAACCACACAAACGAGCGCUGAAUGAGGAAGUUAACAAAGACAGUGAUGGGCCCUAUACGUUAACGGAGUACCUGAUUAAGAAUAGACCAGAAUUUAUUUGCUCAGCUGAGUACAGACGGCAGGUUCUUUUGAACUCCCGAAUACUCAGAGAGCAGCAGAAGGACGAUGUGAAGCUGCAUGUUUUGCAGAACAAUACAAAAGCAACAGACCAAAGAAACUUCCAGUUAUUCACCGAGCGUGAGAUGAAGGAUAUCAACAAAAAAAAUUUCAAAAAGCUGCCCGAAGUGCGCGAAAAACUGAUAAAUCAACGGGAAACUCGAUUGAGAUCGGCCGACCGGCUGAUUAGUAAUAUUUUUGCGAAGAAAGUGCAAAAAUCUGUGUUGCGCGGAAUAGGAAACUUCCCCAUUGACAAACCCCUGAAUAAUAUGUAGGGAAAGCCUGCCAUUUCAAGUCUGAUCCAGUUGUUAAGAGUUUAUCCAUGUAGUGUUUUGUAUUUAAUAAAAACAGACUAGGUUUGGUAAAA